AUAAAAACAAUCCUGAUUCAAAUUUGUCGGAUCACCUAAGAAUCUGUAAUAACUGUCAACCUCUAUGGUCCCAGACGGCGGUGCUGGCGUGGGAACCAGACAGGCGAAAACGUCUUUUAAGAGAAGCGUUGGCCAUACAGAGUGUGGGCAAUUGUAUUAGUGUGCCGUCUGUAUGUAUCCACCCGGCCUUCAAGCGCCUCCUUUGACUUCCCUCAACUCAUUUUGUCCUCAAUUCCCUAUUCCCCUCUCUCUGUCUUCCCUCGCACCGUCUACAUGUUCAUGAAGUUCGUGUUUAUCGAUUAAACGUUUUGCUGGUUUGAGCCUUCGUGUUUGUGGUUGUGUCUUGUGGUCGUGUCUUGCCCAUCGCUCAGGCUUGCCUUAUCAUGGAAUUUAUCCACCAGCUAGCCUGCAUUUACGCCAUUCUGUAUACUCCAAUCGUUUAUAAGGGGAGAUUAUGCGCCUUUUCUGAAUGACUUUAAAAGUAACUACGCAAAACGUUAUUAAUAUCAUGUGCAGCCCUCGUCCUCAGCGUGUUCUGGUGCUAGGGUUGCAGUUGCACUUCUGUUGCUAGAGCGAGCAAGGACCGCAUAUAUGACGAGUUCGUUUUAAAUUUGGCUCCCGCGUCUUAUUUCCUAUUUUCGUGCCCUCUCAUGGUGGAGAAACACACAGUCGUAAUGUAUUGGAAAGCCCAAACCAGAUAAGUUAUUUUUGUUGCUAUAAUAAUUCCCAAUGCAGACCAACUCUAAGGCUGUGCAUUAUUCUUACUUCAGAAGUUCAAGUAGUGCAAUCAAGGUGAUGAACCUCUUGGCAAGUGCCGUCGGGAUAACCCUGGCAAUAGUUCUGAUUGCUGCAGUCGGCCUUCGAAGCAAUGAAGCGAGACACAGAAAGCUGAAGAGGGACCCUGCCAUCCUGACACUUGACAGCAUUACAGGAUACAGGAAGCCCACUGGCCAUGCAAGGCAAACCGCAGUUCAAGGGCGAGUAACGGCAGGUCGAACACCUUCGACAACUAGUCUGUCAACUACGUCAAGAACUACGGAGACUGCCGAGACUGCAAAUGCGACUAAGCAGCUUAAGUUGCCCGCUGUGAAGGCCAAUCCUAUAUUAUGCACAACCGAUCGCCUGGGAGAAACUUCAAGGACUCGCGCAGCCAUCGACGUCGAUCUACCAGACGGCAUCUGCGACAUCCUUGUCCUGGACUAUUCAAUGGACGACAUCUUAAACCACAACCUACUACCAACGACAGCCAUUAAAGCCCUGGAGGCAUAUUCGCGAAAUGCGACGCUUACAAAAUGCGGAGUCAACUUUGAUCGCAAAAUAGUAACAAGUCCGCAGACACUCAAGGCACUGAUUGCUGAAGACCAGUCAAGUGUGCUACAUAACCUUUGGGAGAACAGCAUAAUCUUCUACGGUGUAUUGGACGGCGCAAAUAGCAACGAUACAGUACAUGAAGCGGAUGAAAUAUUAGCGUUCUUUAAGGAAAUCGUGUCGUUCAAGUCACGAACCUUUCCUGACCCCGUCUACAGCUUCGCAGGAAUAAAGACAUUCAGGAACGCAUCAAUUGCGUCCACCAAUAUAUUGGUUAGUCACGUUCAACAACUCUUCAGCCAAGCCAAGCUUGAUAUACUGGUGUACCAAACGACGUACCGUGGUGACAUCGAGUGCAUGAUAACCGGACCUACGCCCUGGGCAUUUUCCAAUGCCCGAUACCAGCCUUCACUUAAAGGCGCCCAGAGAUUGCGGAAGGAGAUAAUCUUGCCUCCAGGGAAGGUUGAGAUGCUUGCCGUCACCCUCUGCGGUAUCUUUACUGACAUCGGGAACAUACCGAGGAAAUACCGCGAGUUAAAAACCACAAGCGGCGGUGCGUGUGGAAAAUAUAGGUUCGGACCCGUCACCAAUUGGAUCUGCCAAUUUGCAAAUACCACCAACUCGAUGGGUUUCGCCCGAAGUGAGCGACAAGUUCAUGAGAUGUUCUUUGUGCGCUUGAAUGGUACUUUUGGAGUCGCUGUGUACGACACAAGUUCGUCUCUUGAAGUUAAGAUCUGCCGAGCGAAGAGCGAAUACGACUUCCAGGGGGGCUGGGUUGUUCGUGAUCUUCAGUGCAGCUUCCCAAACGUCUGUGACAAGAGCAAGACCCACCAGGGACGCUUUCAACGAGUUCGCGCAGUGAGAGAAAUAAUGACCAGAGAAUACUUCAACAACACUUGUCCUGAGUACAAGAGCCUCAAGAACGUAUCGAAUCCGGCUAUAAAAUUAACCCUGUCAUAUACAUACCCAUAAAUAAAAGCCUCUUGUUUCAACUCA